UUUAAAUGAAUGUUUUACUGCCCAUGACUUCAAAGCGAAGCGGAAGAGAAUUACACGGCGGUAUAUAAAUCUGCGAGUGAUUAUGCAUAUUGUCAUACAUUGGACGUCGUCGACUGAACUUGCUGCAUAUCUGUUUCGCCCCGCAUCUCUGGGAUAUAGGAGUCGUUAGAAGUUAACAGAUCGCAAAGUCGGAGCCGCACCGCACCCGAUUGAGGUCACCAGAUUACACAGUUGACGGUUGCAUAUCGUUUUCUCCUCGAACAAAUAUCAGCGUUGAAAGGUCAUAAUCUGGGAUUGAAACUCAGCUUAUGUGCAUCUCUAAAGGUUAGCAACGUGGGUUCGAAUCAUAGGCAACAAUAUUAUUACAUAAAUUUCAACUGAAGCUCUAUCAAAUAUGAAAACGUUGUUGCUGCUACUGUUGUGCCUCGUGGCUGGUGGGCGCUUGCGGGCGAUGAGUGUCACUUCCGGGCCGAUGCAGAUUGAUUCAAUGGAUGCACACGUUAUAGGUGACCCGACAUGCAAGCCCGGUCAAUGUAAAAUCUGCAAAAUAUACCAAGGGUUGGAAGAAUGCCUGGUUGCCACCAUCGGCAAAGCAAACACCAUCCACCUGGCGUUCGUAACCAGUGGUGACACACUAGUGGAGGGAGACAUAACUGCCUCUUCUCACGGCCCAAUCUGUGCGGAUCAUGUCCCGGGUAUAGAACAACUGUGUAUGAUCCCCAGUAACGUUGACAUGACCAACUACAAAGCAUGCGUUGUUGUUUCCGUCAAGUUGAAUGGCCAAACGUACAAGGAUCCCUAUGGAUGCUUUCAAAUCCCGAACACAAGCUCGUUCAAUUUGGGAGAAUUAUUUUCAAGUGAUGGGAUGGUGACCUCGGCCCCCAGUGAUGAUACGAUAUGCAAACCCGGUGAAUGUCAAGUUUGCACGUAUUCUAAUGGAAGUGAAGUAUGCCUGGUUGCCACUGUCACUAAUCCAGACACCAUCCAUCUGGCGUUAGUAACCAGUGGUUACACACUGGCGGAGGGAGACAUCACGGCCUCCUCUCACAAUCCUAUCUGCGUGGACAAUGUCCCAGGUACCUCCAUACAGCAACUGUGUCUCAUCCCCAGUAAAGUUGAUAUGACCAGCUUCAAGGCGUGUGUGGACUUAUCCAUUAAGUUAUGGACAGGUCAGAUAUAUACUGAACCCAUCGGCUGUUUCCAAAUCCCGAAACCAAGCUUAAGUUAUCUGCAAGACUUGCUUAUAGAUGCUUUCCGAGCAGACGCCAUCAGUGUUGACCAGGAAGAUGACACUUUUGACUUCGCCAUUGGAGAUGACGACGGCACUGUUGACGAUGACCCCGCUGGUGUGGAUGACGGGAAAACGAUAUGUCACAGAGGAAUGUGUAAAAUAUGCCACCAUUACCAGAAUAAGAAAGCCUGUGUGAUUGCCAAGCAACCAAGAGAGGAAUGGGUUUGGGACUGGUUUGUCAACCACCACAUCCUCCUGAAGGGAAACUGA